ACCCCCUAUUCCGUAUAAUAAAAACCCUUAAAUAUCGCUAGUUGCAUAAUGAACAUUUAAAUUCCUUAAUAUUUUUUCUUAUUCCCUCGUAUACAUAUCACUUGAUAAUAGAAUGGGGAUAUAAAUUGGAUUCUAGGUUUACAGAAAGGCAGAGUAAACAAAUAGCAAAUCGAUUGUCCCAAAGAAGAAAAAACGUUUUUAUCAUCUCUGCCAAAUGACAGAGAAGAGAAAAUCCCAAUCGAGCAAUAUUUGUCCGUAGUUACACACAUAAAUACAUAAUGUUGAACUCCUUAAGUAGCAGAAAUGGAUUAAAUGCAGGUUUGCGUUCUGAUUGUAGGGGAGCUUUCAAUGUGUUAAAUCACGUUAAUCUAAGGACAAUAGUUUAAACGAUACAAAAAGCCGAUCGGCGAUUUGGUAGGUAAUCGCUUUGUGUUCAAUGCAUUGCAGUUCAUUGAAACUUUCUUUUUCUGAGACUUCUGAACCAGACACUGGAAAAACGGAAAUUUAUUUUGCAGAGGAAAAUGUAGACAUACGAAAUUUGUGUGAUUGAAAGAAGAACAAACAAAUGGAAUUCCCACUUGGGUCUGCCUCAUUAUUUCGCCAGUCUCUGAACACAAACCCACGAUGACAGAUGUGAUUAAAAACUCUUCUGAAAAGGAUUUUGAGGAUGAAAAUGAUAGAAGAGGGAGUGAAAUGUCUUUGGAUUCCUCGACUUCCAGCAGUAAAAAGAGGCCCUCCCUGCGGGGUAGUGCAAAAUUCAAACGGAUACCAUCCGCAGCCAACAGUAACAGUUCUAUGGAGGACAAAAUGUUGGCAUUAAAUGCCUUGCUGUCGGACAGUUUAUUGAUAACUGAAUUUCCAGAGAGAAAUGGACAAAUCAGCACAAACGGCAAAACAGAUACAGACGAUGAUGACACGCUGAAAGACGAGUUUGGCGAGGAUUUGAGCGACGAUGAUUUCGAAGAACUUCCAGAAGAUGGAAGAUCGUCCAGAGAUGUCGAUUACGAUACAGAUUUGGAUAUGGAUUAUGAUGAAUGGAUUAACGAAGCCAAGCGAGAGAUAGAAAAUGAUAAGACGGGGGAGAAAAAAUACCUGCACAUUUGUGAAGAGACGGGUGUUAUCCCGGCGUCACAUUUCCUCAAUCACAUACAGGAGAAGGAGUUCUCGAUGAAAUAUCAUGGGCUGGGUCCGAACGGUGCUAAGGCCAUAGCAUGGCCUCUAAAGACGAAUAAAAUCAUCGAGAAAAUAAACCUUGAAGGCAACUGGAUAGAGGCCGAGGGAUCAAUAUACUUAGCAAAAAUGCUGAAAAACAAUAUUUAUGUAACAGAACUGCAUUUAGCAGAGAAUAAAAUAGGCAACGAGGGCGCCGAGGCAAUAAGCGACAUGUUACAGAAAAAUGACAUGAUUUACUCCCUAGAUCUCUCGGGGAAUGACAUUGAGGAUUAUGGUGCUGAAAAAUUAUGUAGAAUGCUUUUGAAAAAUUCCUCCAUCAAACACUUGUACCUUGCCAACAAUAAGUUUGAAGAGAGGGCAGCAGGAUGGCUUCGUGAGGUAUUGAUCACAAAUGAAACGCUAGAGACUGUCGAUCUCAGCUGGAAUCACCUCAGAACCAGAGGCGCUGUUGGUAUAGCAGAGGGCGUUCAGGAAAACUAUGGUUUAAGAGUACUGAAUCUAGCAAUGAAUGGUUUUGCGCAAGAUGGAAGUGAAGCAAUGGGAAAAGCCCUGAAGAAUAACCGAACACUACUAGAACUAGACCUCAGCCACAACCGGAUCCCCGAGGCCGGGGCAGUGGCUAUUAGUCAGGGUCUGCAGCAUAACGAUACCCUGAAAGUCCUCAGGAUGGCUUCCAAUCCUUUGGGGGGAGAUGGACCCUUUCAACUUCUGCAAGUCAUUUCCAAAAAUGACAUGAGCGAAAUUCGUGUUCUAGAUUUAUCGGAUGUCUUGGUGACGCCGGCUUUUAAGGAGCUACAAGAAAGUUUAGAAAAGGAAAGGAUCUUAACGGUUCACUUUGGGAAUGUGGUGGGCGAAGUUUUUGACUUCAGUUCAAUUAGGUAUGAUCCAUUCCGCGACUUCCGGCGAGAUCCAAUGUCACUACUCAUUGAAUAUUGUAAAGAGGCUGGCUAUAGACUGGUGGACCUGUUCAAUGAUUUCGACCGGGACGGGAACCAAUUCAUUUCUAAAGAAGAGUUCAUCAUGGGAAUCAAAAAAGCUGGUGUUAAGAUUAGUAUACGACAGCUUGAGAUCCUGAUGGAAUCACUAGAUAAGAACAAGGACGGUUCUAUCGACUUCAGAGAACUUUCAAACGCAAGAGAGAAUUGGUUCUUGGAGAAAAGGAGUAUAGCCAUAAGAAAAUAAAGCUGGCUUCAGAGGCAAAGAAAUUAGGCAGAAAUGUGACGGCUACACAACUAAUGGAUGAAGAAUAUCUAAGGAAAAUGAUCGACGAACAAUAUGUGUAGUCUAACGUACUUUUUAUUAGGAUAAGUUCCUAAAUUCGCCAUGCAUUAUUUAAAUUUUCAUGUUAUGAUGUUCAACACUUGUGAUUUCUGUGGAUGUCACUUCAAUAAAUGUUGUUGCACCUCUC